GGACAAAACCGCUCACUGAGAGUCAGAGAGAGACACUCUGAGUGACUGACCCACCAGCCUACCUUCUGUUACGAUGCUGGAAUAACACAGAAUCCACACUGUAUCUAACAUCUAGCCCAUAUUUACCUGGAAGAUGUCUGGGAAACUCGACAGUAAGCAAGACUCCCAGCGCUCCAACCUGCAAACCUUCACAAUGAGGCUAAUAGACAGAUUUCACUCCCCCAAGCCAAAAAGAGUGCAUUCAUCAAAGAAAGCAUCAAAGCCUUCAAUAGAACGAAUUGUCAAGGCUCCUGAGAAGCAAGAAACUAAGAAUCUCAGUCGGUUGGAAGAGAAGGAGAAAGAAGUGGUCAGUGCCUUGCGUUACUUCAAGACGAUCAUUGAUAAGAUGGUGGUGGACCGGAAAGUUCUGGAAAUGCUUCCCGGCUCGGCCAGUAAAGUGUUGGAGGCUAUCGUGCCUGUAGUGCAAAUCGACCCCAAGAUUCUGAAAAGUUCCUCCGUGUCGUCCUGCCUCAGUCGAGUGUAUCAGAGUCUGGCGAACCUCAUCCGCUGGUCUGAUCAGGUGAUGCUGGAGGGAGUGGACCUGGAGGAGAAGGACACUGUUGCAAAUGUUACCAGCAUCAUCAAAGCAGUGCUGGAUGGGGUGAAGGAACUAGUAAAGCUGGUUUUGGAGAAACAGCAGCUCCCAUCCCCAACAUCGCCCACAGCCAAAAAUGUGCCAUCAGUCAUCAGCUCAGAGAGUGCUCCAGAGCCUCCUGUUAUAGAGACGGAAGAUGAGAGCUCGACAAACUCCUCUGCACUGAGUCGUUCCUCCGAGGCCCUGACUGACGCCCCCUCCACCGAAGAAGCAGCGCCUCCCAAACCCCCACUCCCUGGCCUGAAAGUGCCCGAGCACUGUCCCCCAGCUCUUCCACCUAAGAAGCGCCAGUCAGCUCCGUCUCCUACCCGAGUCGCCGUCGUUGCUCCGAUGAGCCGUGCCACCAGCGGAUCGAGUCUUCCUAUCGGCAUCUGCAAACAGGACUAUGAUGCAGAUGGUUUACAGCGGCGCUUUUCUGGUGGCAGUCACUCAUACGGUGGCGAGUCGCCGCGCAGCUCUCCCUGCGGCAGCAUGGGUAAACUGAGCAAAUCAGACGAGCAGCUGUCCUCUCUGGAGCAGGACAGCGGACAGUGCUCUCGCAACACUAGCUGUGAGACGCUAGAUACAGCAGAGUGCUACGACCCAGACUAUGACUUCCUCAGAGAGGACUUGUCCAGCGUGGAUCAGAUCUCUCUGCCUCCCGGAAGCUGUCUCAGCCCCCUACCAGAGUCCCACCGGGAGCUGUCCUCCUCCCCAUGUCCGGGCCAGGUUCCGUGCGGUUCUGCCUCUCUUCAUCACUCCACCGCUCCUUCUCCGCACACCCUCGUCACCCCUCCUGCCCUGCCAGAAAAGAAGCGGCGCAGCGGCAACUCUCACACACCCUUCGACGGCCUGCCGUCUCGAACCCCCUUCGAGCGCCUGCACUCCCAUUACGACAACGUCGCAGACGAGGAAAUACCCGUGCCGCCGUUCCCUCUGUUCCCUCUCUUCGCUCCCGUGGUCGGAUAUGGGGUGGACUUUGUCGCCCCUGAGAACGCUUCCGUGCCUCAAUCUCCUCCACCUCUACCUGAGAAGAAAAGCAGACACAUCCUGAAGUACAUGCAGUUUAUGGAGGAUUACUCGGAACCGCAGCCAUCAGUGUUCUACCAGACGCCGCAGAGCGAGAGCAUCUACGAGCAGCGCAAUAGGCUCAUACAGGAAGUGUACGGCUUCAACGACUCGUUCAGCAGCAGUGACUCUGUGCACGAGCCCCUCCCCCCUCCAGCGCUCCCACCCAAACAGAGGCAGCUGGCCUCCUCUCACUCUGCGUCUCCUUCCUCAUCCUCCUCUUCCUCUCUGUCGUGCCAGCUGCAGCCGGGUGGAGGCCCGAGUUCUGCUGAGGUGGACGCUGCUCUCAGUCUGUCCGCCUCGAGCUCCUCUCUGGGCUGCCCGGCUUCUCCUCCUGCCGCCACGAGCCAGAAUGCUAGUGACGAGAGUGGCGAGGGUGGGUACGUCAAUCUGUAUUCAUCCAGCCAAGCCAACGGAGACCUGCCGCUCUCGAACGGUGACCCCAACAGUGGCGCGGAGGACUCGCUCCAGGACUCGGUCUCGGACCACAGCAAGGAGCCGACUGACUCGGACAGCUGGAAGCAGAAGUGCGCAGACUCGGACCUGAGCUCGGAGGAGCUGGACGAGCUGUCCCUGGUGGAUCAUAAUGAGAUCAUGGCUCACAUCACACUAAAGCAAGAGAACGAUGACGGACCAGACGUCCGGGCGGGAUCAGGGGACAUUUUAUUAGUUCACGCAACAGAAACGGAUCGCAAAGAUCUGGUUUUAUACUGUGAAGCCUUCCUGACGACGUACAGGACAUUUCUAACCCCAGAGGACCUCAUUAAGAAGCUCCACUAUAGGUAUACUAGAUUUUCUCACAGUUCCGACACCGUUAAGAAGCGAGUCAGCAAAAACACCUUCUUCGUGCUGGUGCGUGUUGUGGACGAGCUUUGUUUGGUGGAACUGACAGAAGACAUUCUGAAGCACCUGAUGGACCUGGUGGUCAGUCUGGUUUGUAGCGGGGAGCUCAGUCUGGCCCGCGUCCUCCGUAAGAACGUUCUGGAUAAAGUGGAGCAGAAGAAGCUGCUGAGCUACACUAACUCGAUGAAGACUCUAGCUGCCCGCAGUGUCGCCGCCAGGCCUGGUACUCUUCAUGACUUCCGUAGCCAUGAGAUCGCAGAUCAGCUCACUCUCCUGGACGCAGAGCUGUUCUACAAAAUAGAGAUCCCUGAAGUUCUGCUGUGGGCAAAAGAACAGAAUGAAGAGAAGAGCCCGAAUCUCACCCAGUUCACAGAACACUUCAAUAACAUGUCUUACUGGGUGCGUUCUUUAAUAAUCCUGCAAGAAAAAGCCCAAGACCGAGAAAAACUCCUCCUCAAGUUUAUCAAAAUCAUGAAGCACUUACGAAAACUUAAUAACUUUAACUCCUACUUGGCGAUACUGUCGGCUCUGGAUUCAGCACCUAUAAGGAGACUGGAGUGGCAGAAGCAAACCUCAGAGGGUCUGGAGGAAUACUGCACUUUAAUCGAUAGCUCGUCAUCGUUCCGGGCGUACAGAGCAGCCUUGGCAGACGUCGAGCCUCCCUGUAUACCGUACCUGGGUCUCAUCCUUCAGGACUUAACCUUUGUGCACCUUGGGAAUCCUGACUUCAUCGAAGGGAAGGUGAACUUUUCGAAACGCUGGCAGCAGUUCAACAUCCUGGACAGCAUGCGGCGCUUCCAGCAAGUACAUUACGAUCUCAAACACAACGAUGACAUCGUAUCCUUCUUCAACGACUUCAGUGACCAUCUCGCCGAGGAGGCGCUGUGGGAGCUCUCUCUCAAGAUCAAGCCACGGAACAUCACGCGCCGCAAAACAGAGCGGGAGGAGAAGACGUAGGGCUUCGCUCCCCAGCAUGAAUAAACUCUGUUCAAGUGGACUUGUGAGAAGAAGCAAUUAAGAGGCGACCAUGACGGCAGCUAUGAGACUGUUGGGAACCGUACAACGUUUUCACAAGUUUACAGGAGUUUGGGGAAUGCACUGCGUCUUGUCCUGUGAACAUUUUGCAAGGGAGAGUGCAGGACGUUGCAGUGGGAGGGUCAGUAAGACCUCAGUGUCUGGACGCAUGGCUCCAGAUAGAUAUCUUUCUUUUUUUUUUUUCUUAAAUGCACAUAAACGACUGUUUACGACGGACUUUAGAAGGAUUUAUUGUGUCCCUAUUUCAACAGCUUGCAGCAUUUGGCACUAGGUCUUGGUAUUCAUAGACAGUUGCUAUAAAAGGCAUGAUUUGAAAUCUCAACAGAUUUAGCACUUUACAUCCAUGUACAAACAGCUUCGCUCACGUCGCCCCGUUGAGGUGAUGGGACUUCAUGAACAGGUUUAACCAGAGCUAGCCGGACUCCUAACACUGUUCCUCAUGUCCCUUUUCAGGACUUCACUGGUCCUCGGUCUUUCUGAAUAAUGAACGUUUGUGUUUGCCGAUUGUGAUGCGUACUGUCUGGAAACAAAAGGCUUCACACCACUUCACACCAAGUCUUCCAGUUGUAUUUAUUUUUAAAAAGUGUCUACUUUUCAGAGGAAUAUAUCACGUGUUGUGAAUUAUAUCGUCGUGUGCAUUUGGUAGAUGCAAAUACGCUCGUUGCAGAUUCCCACAUUUCAUGUUUGUGAUUUAACGCUUAUACAAAGUCAUCCAGAUGGAAGUGUUGAGGUGUGUAGGAGUACUUUACGUCUCUGUAGUAUGGUUACAACUCUCUCUAUUACGGUGUGCGCUCAUAACCUGAUACCAAGUGCCUAACGCUGUUCAUAUAGUGCAAUGAUUUGUCGUUUAUUUUUGUAUAACGUGUCUUUUUUUUUUUUUUUUUUUUUUUUUUUUUUAAAUGUUAGACAUUUUACACGGACACUUUUGGAGAAGCUGAUGCGCUCUCUCCAGAUCAACGGUAUGAAAAGUGUUCAAAUGUGUGCACUUGAAACAAAAAGAAUAAGGUUAUGAAGAGCUGCCAUGCCGAGCUCAGCCCUGUAUAGAAGACUGAAGGAAUUCUGUGAGGGUGAUGUGGGCUUUGUGAAUACUGCUGGAGUCAUUUAUUACAAGGAUUGAUGUGGAAUUAAAGUCCCAGUCAGUGAUCAGUACAACUGACAGAAUGAAAUAUUAGCUGUCUGUAGUUCCAACAUUUUUCUCAAAAAAAAAAAAAAUCUGCUCAUCAUGUUUGCUUUAAGAGAGUUUCUUUUUUUUUUUUUUUUUUUAAACCCUGCGGCUUCUGCUGUGAGACCUGCAUCCGGGUUUUGGUCCAAACUAGUGUUAGAAAGCAUUAAAAAAAAAAACAAAAGGAAAUUCCACAAUAUCACAAUUUCAAUUUAUUCUGUGAAUUAUGAUCAAGUACGUUGAGAAUUUGUAAUUAUCAGGAAUAUUUCUAAGCCUAUAAUAAUCAUUUAAUUUCAGAGACAUCUUCUAUAAGCUGUGAUUUACAGUUUUGCCCUGCAUUGGAUCUUGCUAAUUUCUUUCCUUCAGGCUUUUGUUUAGAUUUUUCUGUCCCUCAAGGUAGCACCCAGCUAACCACUUCCAAACACUUCCAGUGUUUUUGUCCAGUGAAAACUGAGCUUUUCAAAAACGUGGAUACAUUUGAAAACGCCGUUUUUGCGUUGUAGUGUGGACCGUUAUUCGAAAACGCCGAUAUUCGAAAACGUAUUUUUGGUCAUGUGACGCAGUCAUGGGACCCCUUCGACUCGAAACAAACAAAUUGGUGGACGAUGUACUGCAGUUGGUGUGCCUGCUAUCCAGUUUGAUAGCCUUGUUCAAGAUUAAUAUCGCCUUGUACAACCUUCAGAUUGCAUUUUUAAAUAAACGCCUGACAGAAAUGCAGGCCAAAGCUUCGUAUAUUUUUACGCACGCGCGGUAUAAGGAUGUAAGCGAUUCCCGCUGUUUCAGUGUCGACGAGCGAGAUUUUUAAAGUGAAAAUGCCGUUCUCAGAUCUAUCCGGUUAAUGUAGACGUAGCCGCAAAUGCAGUUCUUUCUGCUCCUUUAAACUAUUAUUCUAAACGUUGGCUGGCCAGUGUAAGAGGAACACCUGUACAACUGCUCAUCCAUGCUGUUAUCCAAUGUAGCAGCAGUGUAGUGCGUGAAGUCAUGCCGAUACAGGUGAAGAGGAUCACUUAAUCAUGGUGAAGUAAAAAGCAUCUGAGAACACCACGCGGAGGAAGCAGGUGGGCUACAGGAGCAGAAGACCACUGUGCAACAGCGCACCUUGAGGUUUGACGUGUUGUGUGUUUUGAGAUGCUUUUCUUCUCACCCUGUUUGUAAAGAGUGGAUAUUUUAUUUACUGUAGACUUCGUGUCAGCUCAAACCAGGCUGGCCAAUUUCCUCUCCCCUCUCAUCAAUGAUGACAUCAUGGAUCUGCAGCUCACUGGUUUUAGUUUUUCGUACCGUUCAGUUUUAUUUGUAUAGCGCUUUUAACAACGGGCAAAAAUACAUGAAUUCAGGAUAUAGAUUUUAAAUGUGAGAAUUUAUCCCUCAUGAGCGAGCCAGAGGCGACGGGGGCGAGGAAAAACUCCCUGAGACGAUGUGAGGAAGAAACCUUGACAGGAACCAGACUCAAAAGGGAACCCGUCCUCAUCUGUGUAACACCGGACAGUGCGAUUAUAAAUAAAUAAAUCCCUUCUAUAAAUGUGCUAAUACUACAUGGUCAAAUUGUGCAGGAGAAUUCACUGCAGUUUUUACAUGAAGUCUGUUUUGUUGAACUUCUCCACUGUUCAGUGAUGGCGACUUGAGUGCAAAACUAUUUGUGGCAAUUUUAGUCCUAAGCCAUCAUAACAUAACUGUUCAUAUGACUCAAGAUCCAAAGCCAUCUUUAUGGUUUU